GGCAGGUUUGUUGAUCGGUCAGGCGCUGCUGUAGCCGGUCCUGGAGGGAGGGGAGGGAGAAGGAGGGGCCGACCACCUCAGGGAUGGAAGCGAGGGCGGUUGCCGCGUACUUGGGCUGAGCAGGGGCAAGGUGAGGGUUGCAGCUGCGUGAGCCCGCUCGCUCGGCAGCAGACCAGUGGCCACCUCUGAUCUUGGCUCGGUGGCCGUGUCUUGAGGUGUCACGUCAGACCAGGGAGGCACCGUUACGUGUAGAUAAUACAUCCCAUCCUCCUGCGCACACACACAUCCAAACACACACACACACACACAUCCAUCCAUGUGUGUGUGCGUGCACUGCACACCGCUGGCUGUGGCGCCUCUGGCCGUUCUCCCCUCUGCUCCUGAGCUCUGCACACACACACACAUGUCUUCACGUAUGAGUCGCGUCGGCCCACCCAACCGUAUGUAUGUCUGUGUUUGUCUUUGUCGUAGGCCUGGCUGCGUACCUGACGUGUGCCUCGCCCCAGCCCCUGACUUUCAUCUGGCGGAGCCAUAGCACCUGCUGCGCUCCAAUUUGCGCGCAGAUCUUCGCGAAAUCCUCCCAACACUCCUGCUUGACCGUCUGUGAUCUCACUCCACACACACGACACGUGUACUUGUGUGCGCGUUUGUUUGUUUCUCGUGCGUCACGUACGUGAUCAUCUUUGUUGAUGCACGCGCACAGGGCCUCCCUGUCCGCCGGGAUAGGGGAGGUAGUCGUUGAUUUUGGUUUGGUACACUGCCUCGUGAAUCAUGGCGAAUUGCUCGUCCCACUCGUCGUCAUACACAUCAUCUAUCGGGCACCCCAUCUUCGCACCCAUUGUCG